UCUCAUUUGAGCGACAAUGGACGCGCUGGGUCGCAUGUAUGUGACGGUGACGGUGGCGCCAGGCCGCCUCGGGCUCUCGCUUCUCGAAGGCGAUAGCACCGCCGGCGUCUUUGUCGGCGCGUACGAUGCUACGCCGGGCACGAUGCAAGCGCAUUGCGGCCGUGUGCACCCCGGCGACCGCCUCGUGCAGCUCAACGACCUCGACCUCUUGUUCUUAACGCGCCUCGAGGUGAUCGAGGUCCUUGGGCAGACGGCCAACGCGCCGCGAGAGCUCACUUUUUUACGGGCACCGUCAACCCCAAGUCGGUGGGACAUUGCCAAGAAGCUGCUCUUGACGGCGCCUCCGGGGCCAUUGGGGCUGACACUGCACCCCGACAUUCCGCAUUGGGCUGUCGUCGAGGCAGCAACCGCGUCCUGGAGCGCGACAGCCCAUCGUGGCUGUCGCAUACUACGUAUCAACGGCGUCGAUGUGUCGACGAUGGACCGGGACGCUGUCGUCAGCCACCUUGCCCUUGUCUUUGACGUCCCCAAGACGAUCGAGCUGUACCGCCUCGCGCCGCGCACCUGCACGCGCCUGCUCUACGUGACUGGCCCAGUUGCAUUCGCGGCGCCGACGUCCAUGCGUCUCACAGCAACUACGUCGGCACCGAACGCCGUCGUCAUUGCCGUCGGUACCACCGACCUCACAGCGCUGGCACCAGCAGCUGCCCACGAGCUCGUCCGCACCGCCGGCGCCGCGAGCCGCCUCCUGUGCUACACCACUUCGUCGACAGCCCCGGCCGCAACGUCGUCCGACAGCGCGAUCACGGUCACGAUCCUCGACUCGUCGCUGGGCCUCAAUCUGGACAGCUCCGAGGUCGCGUUUGUCAAAGUGACGGAGUUUACAACGUCGGCGGACGCCGACCGUCCGUACUACGCCCCGUACAAGCACCGCCUCCUUGGUGCGUGCGUGGCAAGUGUAAACGGUGUGGACGUGAGCUUUGCGACUCGGGAUCGCGUCGUGCGGCUCUUGAGCCAGCUCCCGCACGUCCCGCGCGUCGUAACCUUUGUCACGGAAUCCGAGAUCCGCCGUCGGCGCGCAGAGGGCCCAACGCAUGUUGUGCACGUCCCCGCGGGACCACUGGGCAUCGACUUUGACGGCAACAAGCCGUCGCACACGGUCGUCGCGGGGUUCCGGGCGCUUCCAAAUGGCGAACGAGGCGUCUUGGAGCGUAGCGGCCUCGUGCGCGCUGGCAGCAUCCUCAUAUGCAUCAACGGCUUCAACAUCUCGUGCCUUGCACUCCACGCGACGAUCGAGCUCUUUCAAAAGCUUGCGCACACGCCCAAAGACCUCACGUUCACGACACUGGCGCAUCGCCCGACACUGGACGUGUACGUGCCAGCUGGACCUCUCGGACUCACGUUUGCUGCGCACCGGCCCGAAUGCGCGAUGCUCGAGACGAUUGCGUCAACCUCGGCCAUCCAGAUGCACGGUGCUGUUGCGCCCCAGAGCGUCCUCGUUGGUGUCGAUGGCUUUGAUUUGAGCUCCCUUGCACUCGCCCAGGUGGCCGACCUUCUCAAGGGUCUCUCGGCGCAGGCCAAGGUGCUUUCGUUCACGCCGCCGACGAUCAACUCCACCGUCCCGCGCAAAGCCGCCAUCGAUGUCGUUGUCGGUCCCGGCGGCGCAGGUGUGCGCUUCGACCCUACUGUACCGAGUGCGGCGGUCGUCACGGGCUUUGUGUGUGGCAGCAGCGUGGAAGCCGCCGGUGGCGUGUCGUUGGGGAGUCGCCUCGAGUGGGUCGAUGCGUUGGACGUGCGCUCCAAGCCCGUAGCCGACAUUGAAGCGCUGUUGACCGCCCUAGAGCCAAGUACAAAGACUCUGUCGUUUGCACCAAUGCCGGCGGCGACAGUGCCGGUGACAACACCAGCGUCGCCAACGCCCGAGCUCGUCUCGCCGUUUCCAUUCGUGCACCGGGAUUCGGUGCAGUCGACGAUGACGAGACUCCAAGAGAAGCUGUGUUUGACCGACGACCAGGUGUCGGCGUUGCAGCGCCGACUGAGCUCGUCGUCCGACGGCCCGCCCUCGCCACUCUCGCGCCGACCGAGCGCGGCCGACACAGCACCGCCCCUGCCUCGGAAGCUGUCGCGUGCGGCGUCGACGACGGCCCCGGACGAGGUUCAGGGUGCGGACCUUGUUGUUCCGUUGGUCGACUUUAAGCGAGCGUACCACGUCCAAAAGGUGGUGGGGGGCUGGUUUGGGAAACUCAAACCGCGCCAUUUUGAGUUUGAUUCGGACCAAAAGUACCUCGUGAGCUACGACAACAGCAGCAAGGAGCGCACGUGCAAGCACAUUCCGAUGGCUUCGAUCGCGUCCGUGACCAAAGGCAAGCCGAGUGCGCCGAAGAAGGGCGCCGAGACUGCGUCGGACGACCACUGCUUGAGCGUCGUCAUUUGCAAGCGCACGGUCGACUACAUCUGCGCGACGGUCGACGAUCGUGAUACGUUUGCCGGGUCGCUGGAGACGCUCAUUCGCGCCCGGAAGCUUUAGCUCCCUCCCGAGAAGCGUCCGAACGCCCUCUUGGGGUAUUGACAUUGCACCAAGAUCUUAUCGCAUGACUCGUGGCAGCACGAGCGCCCG